UUCUCACAGACGCCCUUAACAGCCUGCGUUGCCUAAUUUCAAGCUUUGCAGGCCUACAGAUAUCACUCUUCUUCAGCUCUUCUUCAAAGUGGCGUUUCUGGAGAGCUUUACAAAAGUCUCCUACUUCAAUGAUUCAAUAACACUUUCGGAACUGGUUCGAUCUCUUCUGCAGUCUGUCUGCCGAAGCAGAGGAGCUGCUUUUCUUAGCAUCCCCUAACAUUAGCUUUUGGUCGGCUACGCGACCUAAAAUUCCUGGCUCGUAGAUCAUUCAGUCCAUUAACACCGCACUGGCUCAUCAUCAUGCCUACCUUAGCUGUGGUCAAUUUUAACAUUGUAUGUGCCACUCUUGGAGGGUUUAUCACCCUUUUCGGGUUGGUUUCGUAUCUCUUCAAAGAGAAAUUCUAUUUGUCUGAAGCAUUAAUUUCACUCAUUGCGGGUCUCAUCUUCUCGCCACAUGCCACGAACUUGCUUAGACCGGACGAGUAUGCUUUAGGUAAUCCAGAGACUCUAGAAACCAUCACGCUGUAUUUUACAAGACUUGUCCUUGGCGUACAGCUUGUCCUCGCAGGGGUCCAGUUACCCUCCAAGUAUCUAAAGACAGAAUGGAAAAGCUUAGCCCUGCUCCUAGGUCCAGGGAUGACCGUCAUGUGGAUUUUCACAAGCCUUUUGGUCUUUGCCUUCGUUCCCCACAUAAGCUUUCUUCACGCCCUUGCAGUUGGAGCUUGUGUAACUCCGACCGAUCCAGUAUUAUCGAACUCCAUCGUCAAGGGAAAAUUUGCAGACAAGAACAUCCCGAAGGAAUUACAGAAGAUUAUUAUUGCCGAAUCAGGUGCCAACGAUGGAUUAGGCUACCCCUUUCUUUUCUUGCCACUCUACCUGAUCCUACAUAUCGGAUAUGGUGGACAAGGGCAGGAUAACAGUUCUCUUAACGCCAUGGGGGCGUGGUUCGGAGAAACUUGGGGUUAUACAAUUAUACUCAGCGUCGUCUAUGGCGCAGCGGUUGGUUGGAUCGCCAAAGAGCUUCUCCACUGGGCAGAAGAGCGCAAGUAUGUAGACAGAGAGAGUUUCUUGGUCUUUGCCAUCACUCUAGCGCUCUUCAUUGUGGGCACUGUCGGAAUGAUCGGAUCUGACGAUGUGCUAGCUUGCUUCAUUGCCGGUAAUACCUUUACAUGGGACGAUUGGUUUCGGCUUGAGACGAUGGACGAUUCAUUUCAGCCAACCAUUGACAUGCUGCUCAACGUAUCAAUCUUCAUCUGGUUUGGGGCUGUUUGUCCCUGGUAUGAGUUCGCCCACAACUCAGUCAUCCCUAUUUAUCGGCUGAUCUUCCUCGGAAUCCUGGUUCUACUUUUGCGUCGUCCUCCUAUUGUGUUCGCAAUGCACAAGCGUAUACACCAAAUAGAAGAGAAGCGACAGGCAGUCUUCGUUGGGUUCUUUGGCCCAAUCGGUGUCAGUGCAAUCUUCUAUCUCUACAUUAGCUUAGACUUUCUGAGAAAGAUUACCCUCGAAGGAGAAAUCAGACCGGAUGCAAAGUAUCUCAUGGAGGUAAUGAACAUUGUCAUUUGGUUUCUAGUUAUCUGCAGCAUUGUUAUACACGGUCUCAGUAUCCCGCUGGGCAAACUUGGUUUCUACUUGCCGCGGACUAUCUCUCAUGCCAUCUCGUCUGACAGGGACGAGCCUGAGCCGUUCCACAUUCGAGAACAUGUAUCUGAAGCUGAGCACGAAGCUGAACAAGGACUUCGACGUCGCCCGGGGACCCCUAAAUCGAACGGAAUUGCCAAUCCCUUCCCAAGUCGAGUAUAUCGGAUUGGACGAUCCAUCGUCCGUAGCAACGACUCCGAAUCUGCUAAUCAUACCCGGGCCCCUAGCUCACAAGCUCCGCUCUCAUUAUCGAACGCACCAACUGUCGGGACGGUCUCAGCGUCGCAGAGGGACCCGUCACCAACUCCAAGGCGUUCACAGGAAACGAUAGAAAUGAUAGCUAGCAAUGAACUCCCCCAGCCUACCCAAUCCUCUCAACUGGCUCAACCAGUCCAGUCAACGCCCCGAGCAAUACGAUUCCCAGAUGAACCACCUCAAACUUCGGCAUCCGAAAACAGAGAGUAAACUACUGCUGCUACUUGGCAUAAGGGCAAAGACAUGGUUAGG